GCAGUGACCCUGCGGAGAGUAACGUUGUGUAGCGUCAGCACGGUUUGGGUUGAAUCAAUUUGCAAUCAGAGCGAGCGACUGUGACACUCACGUUUAUUCUUUUUAUUUAUGUGCUGUAAAAAAAAAAAAAACGAAGUUGUUAUUAAAAACGUAGGUCGGCGGCACCGAUCAAAGUCCCCCCCGCGCCUCAUUCUGUAGCUGACCCGGAGAAUGACGAAUAGUGCUAAAAGGAAAGAAGACUCGCAUGUCGCCAAUGGGGGGUUGAAGGUAUCCCCAUGGAGCAAAGCUUUUAUCAGGAACGCCACGUGGGAAGACAAGGAUGAAUUUCUAGAUGUGAUAUACUGGAUUCGGCAGAUCAUUGCUAUUAUUUUGGGAGUCGUUUGGGGAAUCGCACCGCUGAAAGGGUUUUUAGGAAUUGCAAUAUUCUGUGCAAUCAAUGCCGGAGUCCUGUACCUGUACUUCAGCAGCUUCCAGCAAAUAGAUGAAGAGGAGUAUGGAGGACUGUGGGAACUAACCAAAGAGGGCUUCAUGACAUCCUUUGCAUUGUUCCUGGUUGUAUGGAUAAUCCUGUACACUGCCCUCCACUAUGACUGAAGAUAGCAAAGAUCUUUUUAUCAUGGAAAGAAUGGAACGUUUUAAAUGAUUUAAAAUGUAGAAAACGUAGAGUUUGGAAUGUCAGAAGUCAUCUUUUUUUUUUUACCAGUAUCACAGGACCACAGAGGGGAGCAGGGGGAAGUGCUGAUUGGGGCUGUUCCAGAGAUAACAACCACCACCCUCAGGCUGAGUUUAUGCAUCAUAUUUCUUGACAAUUUUCCAAAAAAAAAAAGCCAUGGAUGAAUAGCGAUGUCUUGAAGCAACAGCAGUUCAACUAACUAGAUUUUUUUUCUUCCAAUAUGGUAGCCUGAUCAAAACCAAUAGUUUUAAAGUCAUCUGAGGCAUUUUUAAUGGACUGUGUAAAAUAUCUGAAAUGUUUGUUUAAACAAUACUUAUUAAACUUUGAUUUGUA